GUCGACUCGUUGAGCUUGUCGUAUGCUCAAAUGUCUUCCGCUGGCGCCCGAUCUCAUCAUGUUGGGUCUUUACUGGGGGUCACUACUGAACAAAAAUAAAUUACGACAGAUACAAUUCAGCCCAUAAUGAAUCAUGGUACCAAGUGGCCGCGAAUCAGUGACUGAUUUAUGACCACUUGUGCAAGCUAUGUCGCUUCAGUCAUCUUGCGUAUCAUGUAUGGCAAGUCCAGGCCCACCACCAUAUUUGCUCCCGAAAUCGUCAUCAUCCACAAAAUGUUCAAGCGCUCCCAGAAUCUCAUGCGACCUGGUGCGUUAUUGGUAGAACGCUUCCCGAAAAUUAGAUACCUCCCGGAAUACACAAUCGAGUUGGAGAAAUGGAAAGGAAGGAAAGUCAGCUUUUCUAUGAUCAGCUCAAUCGUCCUUCGGAAGAAUGGGCGACCGGCGAAGCUGGACCCUCAUUUUCUCAGUAGCUUCCCGAGAAUUAAUCUUCGCACAAGCUUUCGGACGAAGAAAUGGCCUAUCUCGCCGGCGCAGGAGAAAGUGCAAGAGGAACUGGACACCAUCAUUGGUCGUGACAGGGCUCUCAUGUUGGACGACUACGGUUCCCUUCCGCAGAUUGAGGCGUUCAAGUUCAUGCUAGAGUGUCUUCGCUGGAGGCCUGUGACAACUAUUGUAUUCGCCCACCGUGCCUUGACCGACAUCCCACACAGAGACAUUUGCAUACCAGAAGGCGCUAUCGUCUUUGGGCAACCACUGGUGCCGACUAAUGUGCAUUCUAUGGCUAUCUCGCGCGACCCAAACGUCUAUCCCAACCCUGACAGGUUUGAUCCUGAGAGAUGGCUCGACAGCGAUGGCAAAAUCCGGGAAGACCUCAAGUUCCCUUCAUAACCUGGCGCUCCUCUUGUGGUUGUUCAAGAUCACGCAGGACCCAGAAACCUUAUCGACUGAUCGGGCUUUGUGGAUAGCGUGAUUGUGCACCCCAAACGACUCCGAGUGCUGCGCGCUUCCAGCCACGGAAGGUACCGUUAUGGCCAAGUAUGGAGAGGGGUUGUAGAUGGGCAUGUAGUGAUGUAUGUAUAUAUGAGCUUGGGAUAUGGUAAUAUUUUCGUGCUGUACACAUCGACUCCUCGUUGAGCUUGUCGACGUCGUUCGGAGCACCGUCCAUUGCCAAAAUUUUCGAUUUUUGUGAUCCGGGCCGCUAUCUCUUUUCUUCCUGCCCAGAACACUUACCGCCCACGCCUAUGACCCCUUUGGUCCUACGGUCUCCUACCUAAAACGUAGUUUACACAUUACUUAAUAUUAAACAUGCAAAAAAUAAACACUUAUGUAAUAG